AGUGAAUAUAGACUCUAAAACAUGCCUCUAGCUGACAGAGUAACUCACUCAGAGCAGUAACUAUACCAAAAUUGUAAAUCUAUAAAUAUUUUGCAUUUAAGAUUAUUAACAACUUUUUCAGUCUCUCAAUAUGCUCUAUCAAGGACUCCACAGCAGAGGGGAGAAUUGAGCCAGCCAGAUGGAUUCAUCUGGGGAAAACAUAUCCCAAAAGGAUAUGCUGGAGAAAAUAGCUGAGCUGGAUCACAGCCAGAGUCACCUGAGAGAACUGAAUGCUGAGAUGAGGCAGUGGCUGGAUGCUGCAGACGAUGACAACGCAGUGCUCCGCUUGGAGAACGCCAACCUCAGGAAACAAUUGAAUGACAUAGAGAGGAUCCUUACUGAGCUGCAACAGGUUGAAUCUGAGCCUUGUGGGCCUCUGUUGGGUGAUGGCCUCUGUGAAAAACAAAUCAGUGAGAAAAGGAUUCAGGAUUUGGAGAGGGAAACCUUAAAGUGGCAGGAAGAAAAUAAGGAGCUAACUGUUGAGCUAAAGAAUGUUAAACAACAGAGAGACCAGGACAGGAUCAGUUUGAGAAAACUCAGGAAUGAGUUUGAAAACCUGGAGAUUGGAGUGGAGGAACUUCAGUUAGAGCUACAGCAUAGGGAUGAGCUGAUUAAUCAGAAACACCAGCACUUAAAGCACCUUGAGGAAACUGUGGAGGAAUAUUCCAACAUCAUUAAGGAGCUCAGGCUGGCAAAGCAGGAGCUGAGCAACCAGUUGGAGGACAGACAAGUUGAUGCUACAUUUACCACUGUGGCUGAGGUGAUGACCGAGGAGGAGGGACAGCCCAGUCCUCAGCUGUCAAUCGCAGAGGAAAUCAAGCUGCUCUUCUCAUCUGCUGAGAUGAAACCCUGCAUCAACGACUCUGAGGACCCUGCUUCUGUGAUCUCUGCACUUGAGCAAAAUGGAGAGGGCGAUGAUGAGGGGCCGCUGGAACACCAAGGUCUUACAGAUGAUGUCAAACCUAAAAGCCGUAGCAGAUUUGCUGAUGCGUGGAGGACCGCUGUCCAGAAGCUGUUAAAGUUUUAUAUCAUCAGUCUUUGUGUUUUGGCCUUUGUAGUUUUAGGAUUCUGGGUUGGAAAUUCUGACUUUUGUUUAAACAGCAGUUUGAUGAAGUUGCCACCUUACGUCACCGUCCGCUAUAAGGCCUUACCUCCCAUUUGAUCUCACUGUGUUAUUAGAAAUUGCACCAUGUGUGCUAUGUAAAUGUGUAGUCUGUGGCACCGAGGUAAAGUCCAAAAACGGCUGCUU